AUGUCCGGCUUUGGCAGCACUGGCUUCGGCGGCUUUGGCUCGACCAACAAUCAGCAAUCCACUGGUUUUGGAGGCUUCGGGGCCGCCAACACAACCAAUACUAACUCUGGCUUCGGCUCUGGCAGCACUACCAACAAUGCCUUUGGGUCCACCGGUACCAGUACCGGUGGCGGCUUGUUUGGCGGCAGCGGCACGACUGGUGCUUUUGGCGGCACAUCAACGGGCUUCGGCUCCAACACAGGCACUUCGACCUUCGGUGCCGCGAAACCCGCCUUCGGAGCCACCCCAUCUGCUGGAGGUGGCCUAUUUGGUGCAUCCGGCACUACCAAUACAGCCACGCCAUCUACGGGCUUUGGCGGCUUCGGCUCCAACACCACAACGACGAACACCUCAUCGCCUUUUGGGGGGGCGUCGGGUGGGGGCUUGUUCGGCGGUGCCAACAAACCGGCGUUCGGCUCCGGCACCGCCAAUGCUACCAGCGGCACAUCGCUAUUCGGCGGUAAUGCGUCUAGUGGCUUUGGCGGUGCUACAAAUACUGCCGGCGGUGGCUUCGGCGCAACGAUGAACCCCGGCAUCGGCUCCAACAUUGGCGAUCCGCCAGGCACCGCACUCUCUCCCUUCCAAGCACAUCAAGAGAAGGAGACAACCGGAGCUGGGAAUCAGUCGAAUUCGUUCCAAAAUAUCCUAUUCCAGGAGCCGUACAAGAAGUGGUCGUCCGAUGAGUUGAGGUUGGCUGACUAUGCUCAAGGUCGUCGUCACGGCAAUGCCAGUGGAACAGGGGCCUUUGGAGUAUCCAACUUUGGCAGCGGUGGAUUCGGAGCGGCAACGAACCAACAGUCCACAGGUUUCGGCACAGUCGCCGCUAGUGGAGGAGGCCUUUUUGGCAGUGGAACCAACAACACCACAAACACUGCAGCAACUACCAGCGGCUUUGGUGGUGGCUCCAAUGGAGGUUUCGGUGCUGGCGGCGGUGGCUUAUUUGGAAACAAUGCAGCUAAGCCGGCGACCGGGGGAGGCCUCUUCGGUAGCGGAACAACGACUACAGCAGCGCCUGCUCAGUCCGGUGGUCUCUUUGGUGGCAGCUCUGGAGGAGCUUUCGGCUCCACAGGCACCACAGGUGGGUUCGGGGCUACUACUAAUAACACUGGUGGUGGCCUUUUCGGCUCGAACAACAACAAUACUGCAACACAAAACAAGCCUUCAGGCUUUAGCUUUGGCAACACUGGAACAACUACUGGUGGCUUUGGAAACACCCCAAGCACCGGCUUCGGAUCGAACAACAACGCCGCCGGCAACACCAGCACCACGGGCGGGUUAUUCGGGGGCAACACUGGACAAGCUACAAGCGGCGGUCUCUUUGGCAAUAAUCAGUCACAGCCUCAGCAGCAGAACACCGGUUCCGCUUUUGGAGGUGGAGGAUUUGGUCAGACAAAUCCUCAGACGGGCGGCGGUGGACUGUUCGGAAAUACUCAGCAGAAGCCGGCAACAGGAGGUGGUCUCUUUGGAGGCGGCGGAGCGACGACAAGCGGAGGACUGUUUGGAGGCGGAAACACUUCUUCCACCUCAUUCGGUACCACGAACACAAACACCAACACUGGCGGUGGUCUCUUUGGGGCGAAGCCGGCAGCCACCGGCGGCGGUCUUUUUGGAUCCAACCCGACUGGACAGGCCAACAAUACAGGUGGUGGUCUCUUUGGCGGUGGCUUGGCCCAGAACAACCAGCCCCAGCAGCAGACCGGACAAUCUUCUCUAUUCGGCGGAGCUCAAAAUCAGACCAAGCCUGGCGGCCUGUUUGGCUCGUCCCAACCCGCUGGCAGCGGCAUGUUUGGUGGACAAAACAACCAACAGCAGGGCAUUGGUUUGUUCGGCAGUACUAAUCAGCAACAGCAACAGCAACAACCACAGCAUUCGUUAUUCGGUGGUUCGCUGCUGGGCAAUUCCCAAGGAGUGUCUCAAGGUCCCCAGUCUCUGACGGCGAACAUCAACGACGUGUCUGCGUACGGCUCACCCUCCCUGUUCUCCAACUUGGGAGGCUCAGAGACGCCCAAUCCGGGCCCUCUUGCCACACCUCUUUCCAGCAAGUCUAAGCCUAGACGUAGCUCCAUUCUCCCCAUGUAUAAGCUGAAUCCCGCGUCAGCUGCUCGCUUCGUCACUCCCCAAAAGCGAGGCUUUGGAUUUUCAUACAGUACUUAUGGCACACCUGGUGGAAGUCCUUCAAGCGCAGCAAGCACUCCCGGUGGUGCCAGCCGAAGCCUGCUAGGAUCUUCGAGCUUUAAUCGAAGCUUGAGCAAGAGCGUGUCGACCAGCAACCUUCGGAGAAGCUUCAAUGCCGAAGAUAGCAUCCUUGCACCUGGUGCUUUCUCUGCGAGCUCAGGACCCCGCUACUACGGACAGAACGGAAGUGUCAAGAAGCUGAUUAUCAACAAGGACAUGCGCAGUGACCUAUUCUCUACACCCACCAAGGAGAGGCCUUCUGCUGAUCUGGUCAAUGGCUCUCGCAAGCUGUCGAAGAGGGUCAGCUUCGACACUAGCACGAUGGAUGCCCCCGAGGUUGAUGACCAUGACAGUGUCUUUGCAUCUACUCCAAGAGUCGGAGCCGUGGUCCAAGAAUCAACUCCCGUCAGUGCCAACGUUAACGGAAGCAAAUCCGCUAGCGCUUCCGGAGACCCGGACCCAAGCAAGGGCAAAGAACUCGCUAUCGUCCAUGAGGAGGACACGUCCUCCCAAGCACCCGAAGUUUCCAAGGAUGGCCUCGACGCUGCUCCCGGUGCCUACUGGAUGAGUCCAACCAAGGAAGUUCUAGCCGGUAUGAACAGAGUGCAGCGUCAGCAAGUCACAAACUUCACCAUUGGUAGAGACAACGUCGGCAGUGUUCGGUUCAAGGUCCCUGUAGACCUAACCAACAUUGACCUGGACGAGAUUUUUGGCGGAAUCGUCAUUCUCGAGACUCGGUCUGCGACUGUCUACCCCAUUGCAGCCAAGAAGCCUCCUGUCGGUAAGGGGCUCAAUGUGCCGGCUCUCAUCUCUCUGGAACAGUCAUGGCCACGCGGUAGAGACAAGCGCCCUAGCAACGACGCCAAACGGUUUAACAAACACGUUGAACGCCUCAGGCGCAUUGAAGACACAACAUUCGAAAGCUACAAUACAGAAACUGGCGUCUGGAAGUUCUCAGUCGAGCAUUUUACCACGUACGGCUUGGAGUAUGAUGAGGAUGACGAUGAGCCUGAGCAACCUGCAGUCGUGCAUCCUCACGAACAGGUAUCUUUCAGCAAUGCUUCCCAGCAAGACUCCCAUGAUUCGGAGUCCAGCCCUCGGGAAGACGACACAUUUGACUUCCGCAGAAACAAGCGACGCGCCCUUCCUGGUGCAUUUGACCACCGUGAUGAAGACUUUGGUGGCGAAUACGCACAACGCUCCUCCCAGCGCCAGUCUUUUUUAGGGGAUAGCUUCGCGGGUUCGACGUCCAAUGCGCUCAUUCUGUCAACUGAAGAGGAGACCGACGAACAGGACAACGGAUAUGGCACAUCUGAGGACGAGGACAUGUUGGGUACUCCAGUCAGACGCCAUCUUGCCGCGGAGCAACCAAUCGACUCGCCAGAAGGCGAUGGUAACGUCCCAACAAGCGAAACACCGGGAGGCAUUCUUCGAGCUAGAAUGCGGGCACUGAAAGGCUCGGCUACUCCUAUGAAACUUCAGGUCGCUGGUGGAGAUGAAUGGAUGGACAUGCUUCAACGGUCUGUCAGCCCUCAAAAGAGAGAUCGAGCAUUUUUACGGAUUGCGAAUGAGACAGCAUCAUGUCCACCCGCCGAAGAAGCGGAAGCAGCGAGCCGAAAAAGCCGAGUUGUAUCAGAUGGACGUGGAUUCGCCACAAGCAUCGACUUGAUGAACUCGCUAUUCGAGAAAGCCAAGGCGCCGCCUGCGCCUGCGCCGACGAGAGGCUUCGUUCAGUGGCCCUACGAACGACAAACCAAGUCUUUCGUUGACCAGUCCGACAUGAGUGAUGCCGACCAGGCCUUUCACAAUUCGAUGAGGCCCAGCUGGGGACCUGACGGGACCUUGUUGUUCGCAUCAACCUGCUCUUCUCUUGAGGAUGCCGGCAAGCAAAUCACAGCCAGCAGCCUAAUGAUCACGAAAAAUAUCAUCCAAGCACAGGGUCGAGAGAUUCAGGCGGCCAAAUUUUCCAAUGAGGACUCCGCAAAAGCUCUCGAGAAUCAUAUUCGCAUGACCAAUGUAGAGCUUGUCGGAGGUGUUCCGAAGCUAUCGUUGCACCCGGGUCCGCUCAAGUCCCUUUUCCAUGAUCAAAACUUGAGUAAUCCCGCGAAUGCUCACGAGAAGCUCGUGUGGGAUCUUGCUAGCAUUCUCUUCGACGGGGACGCCAGCACGGUCCCUCGCAGAAGCACUCUGUCCCAAUUUUGGGCAACGAUUGUUGACACUGCGUCGUCUCGGUCUGUUGCCCUGGCAAGGUCGAGCGAAGAAAAGGCCAUCGCAGCUUUGUCUGGUCACCGUGUCCAAGAUGCCUGCAAGCACUUGCUGGACGGGAAAAAUUUCCAUCUAGCUACGCUUGUAUCAUUGAUUGGCAGUAACGAUCAGUCAAAGAAGGACAUGCGCGAACAGGUCAGCGAGUGGCAAGAAGCCAACUUCCUCUCUGAGUUCGCCGACCCGGUCCGGGCGAUAUACGAAAUCUUGAGCGGCAACGUUUGCGUAUGUGAAGGCAAAAAGGAGGCUCCUCUUCAUGACCGCAUUGAGUCAUUUGUUAUUUCCGAACGAUUUGGCCUGGAUUGGAAGCAGGCAUUUGGUCUUCGCUUGUGGUACUCAAUCUCGCGCGAGGAUGACCUUUCCGCAGCCGUGCGUGUGUUCCAGGAGGACGUGGCCCAGGAUAAGGAACAGCGCCCGCAGACAUGGUACGUCGAGCAAGGUAUUCCGGCACUCUGGGAAGACCAUGACCAAGACCUACGGGAGGACCUCUUAUGGGGCCUGCUUAAGCUCUACGCGAACAAGGAAACCGACUUGGAAGCUGUCUUACGGCCAGAGAACAGUCAAUUGUCACCAUUAGACGCCCGACUUAGCUGGCAGCUCAGUCGCGCGCUCCUCUCUACUAGAAAGGUGUCUUAUGGCCACGACGCGAUCGAAAAGGCCGACGCUUUAACAAUUUCUUUUGCCGAUCAGCUCAUCAAUGAGGGAAGUUGGCUGGAGGCUACUUUCGUACUUCUGCAUCUCUGCCAGUCUGACAGAAGGGCGAAGGCUGUCCAGGAGAAUCUUUGCCGCCAUGCUGGUCUUUUGGGACCAGAGAACGGAAGCAAUUUCGCCACGCUCGCUCAUACUCUGAAAGUGCCGGCCUCGUGGAUUUGGAAUGCUCAGGCUCUCUAUAUGCGAGCGGUGAAAAAAGAUGCUGCUUUCGAGGUGCAGUGCCUUCUCCGUGCUGGUUCGUACCCCGAAGCCCACGAGGUGUUCGUGCACAAAGUCGCACCUUGUGCUGUCAUCAGCCGUGACUACGACGAGCUGGCCUCUAUUCUGUCACCCUUUGAGGGCCACAAAAACGACAUUGCAGGCUGGACUCUGGGUGGUGAGGUUUACAAGGCCUUCUUGGAGCUUGUGGACCGUCGCAGGCAGCGACAGCAGGUCACCUCGUCUACACUCGAGAAGUUGGUUACAGGCCUCCCCGCCAUGCGCGAGCAUGCAGAGAGCGCCAAUGUGACAAGUUUGGCAGCCAUCUCGGAGAUGAGCUCAACUGUGGCCAAGGUUAUGAUGGAGACGUCCAGACAAGAUCAGGACGUUCCGCGUGUAUUGGGUCUCCCAGUUACGGAGGACAGUCAUCUCAAACACUCGCUGUACCUGGGUCUUUCCUAUUACGAAGGAUUGAUGGCUGGGGCUAGAUAG